AGGUACCCAUCGGCAGCUGGUGUGCCGAGGACUGCUAUAUAAGACACAUUCCACGGCCGCCGGGGACAAUUUCAGGCAUAGACAAUGAAUAGGAUGCUACUGGUAGCCCUCGUGGCCCUCGGGGCCGCGCAGGGGGCCUUUGGAGCAGCCACCACCGCCGCGCCCGACUGUGGUUCGAACCCCGCCGACAUCGUAUUCCUGCUGGAUUCAUCCGGUUCGGUAGGGUCCGUCGACUUCAAAAAGCAGCUAGAUUUCGUGUCCCGGUUCGCGCAGACGUUCGAUAUCGGUCCCCGCAACGUGCAGAUCGGCGUCGUAACGUUCGCCACGACCCCCCACAAUGAGUUCAAUCUGAACACACACCCGGAUAAGAACGGGCUCGUCGCAGCGAUUCAACAUAUAAACUACAUAUCGGGUGGCACGCGUACGGAUACGGCACUGAAAUACGUGAAGGAUAACAGCUUCACCAAGCCGGCGGGUGACCGCGACAACGUCGCCAACAUUCUCAUCGUCAUGACGGACGGACAGUCGAACGUACCCGCUGAAACGGUGAAGGAGGCCGCCGCUCUGCACAGCGGACUGAACGCUAAGGUGUUUGCCAUCGGUAUCGGCGCUGGCGUGAGCACGAAUGAGCUCAAUAUCAUUGCCACCGACCAUCAGCACGUGUUCUCAGUGAGCAGCUUCGACGCCUUAAGCACCCUACAGGCCGAACUGAAGAAGACUGCAUGCACAGUUGAUGGUGGCUGGACAGCUUUUGGUUCCUAUUCCCCGUGCACGAAGACCUGCGGAGGUGGCACCCAGUUCCAUGAACGCUCGUGCACCAACCCACCCCCGGCUAACGGCGGAGCGCAGUGCGUCGGCCAAGCCAGAGAGACCCAGAAUUGUAACACCCAGGCCUGCCCAACCAUCCCGCCACCAACAACCACGACGGCACCUAAGACCACCCCUAUACCAACAACGCUGGCUUCAGGUUGCAACGGCACCGAACCGGCCGAUAUCGUGUUCAUUCUGGACGCCUCGGGCAGUGUCGGCGCCCCAAGCUUCAACAAGAUGCUCCAGUUCGUGAACAAGAUGAUUGACGGCUUUCCAAUAGGCGCCGCGGAUACGCACAUAGGCGUGGUCACAUUCGACACGAAGGUCUACAAUCAGUUUCAUCUGAACAAGUUCACGGACAAGGCCGCAAUUCAGGCCGCGGUCACCGCUAUAACGUACACGGGGCAGACGACACACACAGACGAGGCGAUCAAGUACGCACGCGAGACCUCGUUCUCGGCAGCCAAUGGGAUGCGAGGAAACGCAGCUAAGAUCGCCAUCAUCGUUACAGAUGGUCAAUCAAAUAACCCCGCCGCCACGGCAUCCGAGGCCGCUCUCCUCCGACAACAAGGUGUCACAGUGUUUGCCAUCGGUGUUGGCACAGGGAUAGGUACGGCCGAGCUGAAUGCCAUGGCAACCGACCCGGACGCCAGUCACGUAUUCCAAGUGGACAACUUUAGUAAUCUGGACACGAUUAAAGGAACGCUGUCCAAGAAGACGUGCGAAGUCAAGGCGACCACCAUGCCCCCGACCACCCCGGCACCCAAGCCCGAUUGCGAGGCCCAGGCCGACAUCAUGUUCCUCUUGGACUCGUCUGGCUCCGUGGGCUCCGCCAACUUCCAGAAGAUGAAGACGUUCGUGCACGAUAUGAUGACCAGCUUUAAUAUUGGGCCCAAUGCAGUUCAGGUGGGAGUGGACACAUUCCACUCGACCGUGAAGACCGAGUUCCACAUGAACCAGUACAACGAUCGCCCCGGCGUUCAGGCGGCCAUCAACAAGAUCCCGUACACCACCGGGGGAACCAACACCGCCGAGGCCAUCAAGUACAUGGCCACCGACAGCUUCACCGCCGCACAUGGUGACCGACCGAAUGUUCCAAAUAUAGCCAUAGUAGUGACGGACGGACAGUCGGCAAAUCCUACCCUGACCGCUGCGGAGGCCAAGAAAGCUCGUGACGCCGGCAUAACGCUACUCGCCAUCGGUGUCGGCAGUGGCAUCGGGCGCACCGAACUGAACAACAUAGCAACAGAUCCCGACAGCACGCACGUGUACAUGGCCGACAAUUUCGACGCGCUCACUUCUCUAAAAGCAAUGCUUUCCUCGAAAGCAUGCGAAGUUUCGAAGCCAGUAGUAAACGAAACAAAAGAAUGCUCGGCGAAAGCUGACAUCCUCUUCAUUCUCGACUCGUCUGGCAGCAUCGGAGCUCCUGACUACCAGAAAAUGCUCACGUUCGUUCGUGGCGUCGUUUCCAAAUUCGACAUCGGUGCGGAUAAGGUGCGCAUAGGCACGGAAAUCUUCAGUGAUCGAACCUACAUCCAGUUCAACCUGAAUCAGCACAUGACUCAGCAGUCUGUGGACAACGCCAUCGCCAACAUUCCGUAUAUAGCGGGUACAACAAAUACCGGACAGGCAUUGAAGGACGCAUACACUAAAAUGUUCACGGCGGCGAACGGCGACCGCGCGGACGCUCCUAACAUCGCCAUCGUUGUAACCGACGGUCGCUCCGGCGACAGAGUUCUCACGACUUCAGAGGCCCAAAAGCUCCGGAACCAAGGUGUUCAGGUGUUCGCUGUGGGUGUCGGUCCCAACGUUGACACCACUGAGCUGAACGCUGUGGCCACUGACCCGGAUAACACGCACGUGCUCACCGUACAAGAUUUCAGUCAGCUCCAGCAGAUCUCCGCCUCCCUCAACAGCAAAGCAUGUGCCGCCAUUCCGCCCACGGGCAUGUCCCUGACGCCAGUUCCUGGCACCACGAUCUCCGCUGAAACGUGUCAGGACCAGAACCCGAACUGCCGCGCCUACGACAUUCCCGCUGUGUGCAUUGACUAUGCAGGCUGGGCCAAGGACAACUGUCAGAGGAGUUGCGGAAUGUGCCCCUCUCAGCAGGCCACGCCUCCCCCUCCCUGCAGGGAUGAUCUACCCAACUGCAACCAAUACGCGCCUUCAGCGUGCACCGAGUACAAACCCUGGGCAAUUGAUAACUGUAGGCAGUUCUGUGGCUUCUGCAGUCUUGGAAACCAACAGCAAACUCUUACCGGCUAUUUUGGCUCGUGCUACUACAACGGAAAGCAGUACAAACAGGGCGAGAAAUGGGACGACGGCUGCUCGUACGAAUGCACGUGUGACGACGCCUCCAGUGGACGAUACAGCUGCUACAACAAGUGCCCGCUUUACUUCAACCUGCCUCCCCAGUGUACGCUCGUGAACAAGGGCGGUUGCUGCCUCGAGCCCGUAUGCGACUUCAAGGGCACGCAAUUGACCACAAACGGACAGCAGCCUGGAACAUACAACGGCGUCAAGGUAUGCAUGUACAAGAACACACCCUACUAUCAGGGCCAGUCGUGGCAAGACGGUUGCGACAAGAGCUGCUUCUGCCAGGACGGAUCGGUCGGCCUGUACACUUGCCAGUCCAUCUGUGCCCAUUACGACAAUCUGCCGACAGAGUGCCGACUGGAGCGUCCCGCCGGCAAGUGUUGUGAGGAGCCCGUGUGCGACUUCAACAAACAGUUCGGCCAGUUCACCGGAGCCGGCACGCUAUCCGGACAUGGAGCAGGCUCUGCCGGUCCAACCACGAUUGGCCCCUGCGUGGACAAGGACGCCAACUGCGCGCGCUAUCCGCCGGGCACCUGCCAGGACCCUAACUACGUCGGCUGGGCUCACGAACAGUGCCAGAAAACAUGCGGCUUCUGUCCAUCUGGUUCUCCAACCCCUGGUCCGAAUGAUGUGUGCGUCUACAACGGUGUGUCCUACCGCCAGGGACAGAGAUGGGACGACGGAUGCGACCUUGAAUGCGUCUGCGAAAACGCGGCCUAUGGUUUCUACAGAUGCCAGAAGAAGUGCGCGGAUAUCGUGAACCUGCCCCUCGGUUGCCAGCAGGUGAAGGGUGUCGGCGAUUGCUGCGCCAAGAUCCAGUGUACCGGAACCACCGGCACAUUCACUGGCUCCCAGACGGUCGGGGGAACCAUCGGAGGAUACCCCGUGCCGCAGCCCAUUCCAGGGGGCGGAACUGGUAUGACAGGAGCCCCCCAGACCGGAAAUGCAAUUACUGGAAAACUUAAUGGAUGUCUGUACAAGGGUACGUACUAUGCGGCCGGACGUCGCUGGGAUGAUGGCUGCGACUUCACCUGCACAUGUGAGGACCCAUCCCAGGGCCUGUACAAGUGCACACCAAAAUGCCCAUCGUUUGGUUCACUGCCCACUGGCUGCACGAUGCAGGACAACCCGAACGAUGUUUGCUGCCAGCAACCAGUAUGCGCGCCGGGUACCACUGGCACGGGCGGACAGCCAGUUGUACUGGUCCCCACUUACGGAAAGGGUUUCACAGGAUUCGGCCCUGUAGUAAUGCCACAGGUUGGCUCGGGUACCAGCGGUAUGAACCCUACGCUGCCCCCAGGCGUGACUGGAUCCAUGAUUACCGGCUCAGGACGCGGCUGUGUGUACAAUGGUCGUGUUUACGGUCAGGGUUCCACCUGGGAUCAGGGCUGCCAGUACAAGUGCGAGUGUGUGGACGCCAACGCCGGCCAGUACAGAUGCAAUGAGAGGUGCACGGUGUACACCAACAUCCCGCCCCAGUGUACGCUGCAGCCGGAUCCUGCCGACAGCUGCUGCAAGAAAAUCAAUUGCGACUUCAACAUGGUGGUCACCACUUUUGCUCCUAUUUUUGCCCAGACGACACCAGUUGCCGGCGGAGCUUUCUGCAAGUACCAGGGCUACUACCAUCGCCAGGGUGAAGUGUGGAACGACGGUUGUGGGCUCACGUGCCGUUGUGAAGAUGCGGCCAACCAUUACUACCAAUGUACCGACAGAUGUCCAAAAUACGACAACGUGCCGGCAACGUGCUCCUUCGUUGCCGAUCCGAAAGAUCCCCAGUGCUGCCGUGUACCCCAGUGUCAAAACGCUGGCGGGACAGUUGGAACAAGCGGCUUUUCCGGCAGCUUCAUCGGAUAUGGCCGGCCGCAGAACAUCCUUCCAUCCCAACUGAACAACACUGGCUACUCUAAUAAAUGCCUGUACAAGGGGCAAAUCUACGACCAAGGCCAGACCUGGCAAGACGGCUGUGACUUCGAAUGCGAGUGCGUGGAUGCCUCGAGGGGAAUGUACAGAUGCUCGGAAAGAUGUCGCCGCAUCGCUGCCGUGCCGAAUGGCUGCACGUUCAUCCAGGAUCCCGCAGAUGCUUGCUGCCAGACGCUCAAGUGCGACCCAAGCGCCCAGUUUGGUACAUGCCGCGACGCCCUCAGCAAUUGCGCGUCCUAUGGCACUUACAUCUGCGGCGCACAAUACAAGGACUGGGCCACGCAAAACUGCCCGCAAUACUGCGGUUACUGUGGAAACAACACCAAUCCUUUGGCGGUGACGGCCGCCCCCGAUGGCACGUGCAAGGACAACAUCCCCAACUGUGUUGAAUACGACCGAAGCGUCUGCUCUGACGCUAUGUAUCAAUCGUGGGCCCUCGCUAGCUGCCGAAAGACGUGCAACCUCUGCUCAAGCACCGGAGCAGGCACCGGCACCGGAACUAUGGGAGGUACUGGAACAGGAACUGGUGGGUCGAUGACAGGAGGUGGAACUGGCACAGGUUCAGGCGGAACUAUUAUGACAGGAGGUUCUUCUGGCACGUGCCAAGACAAGCUGACAAACUGUCAGGAAUACACACAGGCGGCCUGCACGGGACUUUACGUUGACUGGGCCCGAGAGAACUGUGCGAGAUUCUGCAAUCUCUGUGGAUCUGGAUCGGGAACAAGCGGAAACAUGACUGGAUUCCAGACAGUGGCUCCCGGCUCAGGGGGAUUCACAGGAUUCAGCGGGGGCUGCGUCUACAAGGGCAACUACUACGGAGCCGGGGACAAGUGGAUGGACGGAUGCGACUAUAACUGCACGUGCGAGAACGGCCAGACCGGCUUCUAUAGAUGCUCUGAAAGAUGUCCAACCUACCAGCUGCAAGCCGGAUGUGUUUUGCGCACCCAACCCGGCGAAUGUUGCGGAGUACCAGACUGCACCGGAGGUGGCACAGGUACCGGAACCGGCUCAGGCACCGGAACCGGAUCAGGUGGAUCCAUGACGGGGACAGGAACCGGAACUGGCGGCAUUAACACAGGCUCUCAGACCGGAUGUGUCUACAACAACACGCUGUACCAACAGGGCCAGCAGUGGAAGGACGGCUGCCAGUACAAGUGCACGUGCACGGAUGCCUCUAGAGGCCAAUACUCGUGUGCUGCGCUGUGUCUAACGUGGAACCUGCCGCCGACAUGUCACCUCGACCAGCCGGCACCGGGCAAGUGUUGCCAGACCCCCAACUGUCCCGCUAACGUGGUCCUCACCUACCCGCCAGGUUAUGUCCCGGAGUAGACGCUCUGUUCCAUAGCUCUCUGACCUGAUGACUUGUCGACGCAUGCGCGAGCAUUAUCAAGCUCAUUUCUUGUCAGCAGACGACUUUUUUUUUCAAAGUGCGGACGCCAUUUUGUGUGAAGCAUCUGAUGGAGCAUAUUUUGUAUCCAGGAACUCUCUUGUUUGUUUUGUUAAACAUGUUUGUUUUGUAUUAAUUUGUCUAAUCAUAUAUGGCAAUAGUGUGUGCCUUCAUUCGAGUUAAGAGCUGAUGAUUUGUGUUGGUUUUGUUUUGUACUUUGUGUAAUAAAAUACUUUGCAAAUAA